GGAGGAGGAGGCGCAUGUGGAGGAGUGAGAGAGAGAGAGAGAGAAUGCGGGACUCUCGGAAAAAGACGCAUCUCCACUCGGUCCAUCAACGAGACAUCCAUCCCGAACACGGGCUCCACGGGAUUAUGCUAAACUGAUGCCGGGAUCUCCCAUUUAGCCCACCAAGAGAAGCUCAAUUUCAUGAGGAAAAAAAUUUGAAUACGAGAAACUCUUCUCCUCAUAACUUGCGUAAAGGAAUCCGACUGCUUGGCACGUUGCUCCACUGCGGGAAAAAAAAAAAACAAAAAACACUGAGGGGGGAAACGCAGCUGGAUCUAAAAGUGGUGCUGCAUUGCAGUUUCUAACUGUGAAAAACGCGACAAAAAGCCACUAUCCCAAAUGUGAUUGGAAUAAAAAAAGAAGAAGAAGUUACAAAUGGCAUUGUAUGAACUGAUACACGUCCUCGUGUGACAACGGGAUAGCUCUCCGGUUUAACGGGAAGAAAAAGGAGUGAGGAAGAGUGAAGUGGAUUAAUCAAAAGGUUGAUGAAUUAGGGCUUCUUUUUUUUACGCAGCAUGAUGGAUUUUUUAAUACCUUUACGGUUUAAACAAGCCAGCAAGACAGAAGAAUUAUUAUCAUAGAAGUUGGGGAGAAAAAAAAGCACAACAACCCACCGCUGAGUAUAGGAGGAGAAUAAAAGAAGAGCAGCCUGCAGCGCUGAAGUGAACUACAGUGAGUGCAGCUAAGCUUUUCCCCGGACCUCAGGCGGCAGUCCGCAGAGAGCGAUAGCGAGAAGGAAAGAAAGAAUAAAUCAAACACCCACGCUGUGAGGUACACCAGACCGCAAAACACCAAUAAAGAAGAGACGGCUGGGAGGCAGACGGAGCUGGGAGGAGAGACGUGAGAGAGAGAAGGAAGCCAUGCAGAGGCUUGGUGCAGUGCACUCCUCCGCGGCGCAGGCUCUCAGCCUCGUGGUCUUAGUGCUGCAGCUGCUGACUCAGCUACCGGGUGCCGACUCAGCUCUCCGGUACCGGGUGGCGGAGGAGGGCCCGCCUGACGUAAAGAUCGGCAACGUCGCCGCCGACCUGGGCCUGACGGCGGGCACCGGCAGCGGGGACGUCACCUUCGCCCUGGAGAGCGGCUCCGAGUACUUCAAGAUUGACAACGUGACAGGUGAGCUGACGACGGGCCCGCGACGCAUCGACAGGGAGAAGCUCCCACAAUGCCAGAUGAUAUUUGAUGAGAACGAGUGCUUCUUGGACUUUGAGGUGUCAGUGAUCGGGCCACUGCAGAGCUGGGUGGACUUGUUCGAAGGCCGCGUUGUCAUCACAGACAUCAACGACAACACACCUUCCUUCCCCUCACCUGUGCUCCAGCUCUCAGUGGAGGAGAAUCGUCCAAUAGGAACACUCUACUUGCUGCCCACAGCCACAGACAGGGAUUUUGGGAGGAAUGGCAUAGACAGGUACGAGCUCAUCCAAGAUGGUGGGACUGGGUCAAGUUCAACAAGGCGCACAACAGGAGGAAACCCCAUCACUAGAGUCGAUGGACUGGGGGACCGGAGGGGAAGAAGUGGAGAUAGUGGGGUUGGAGCCAGGAGCAGUGUGUUUGAACUGCAAGUGGCAGACAUACCAGAUGGUGAAAAGCAACCACAGCUUAUCGUGAAAGGCACGUUGGAUCGUGAGCUAAAAGACUCCUAUGAGCUUGUCCUCAGGGUUCGAGAUGGAGGGAACCCACCGCGCUCCUCCCAAGCUCUACUUCGGGUUUCCAUCACUGAUGUGAAUGACAACAGCCCACAGUUUGAGAGGUCGACCUACGAGGCAGAAAUGGCAGAAAACGCCCCCCCAGGUACACCUGUCCUCCAGGUCAGAGCCUCAGACCGUGACAUUGGGGUCAACGGGCAGGUGGAGUACGUCUUUGGAGCUGCCACCGAAUCUGUCAGGCGGCUCCUGCGGCUGGAUGAGGCAACCGGGUGGCUGAGCGUUCUCCACAGAAUCGAUAGAGAAGAAGUUGCUCAGCUGAGGUUCACAGUGACGGCCAGAGACAGAGGUCAGCCUCCCCGCAGUGACAGAACCACGGUGGUUUUGGCUGUCCGGGAUGAAAACGACAACGUCCCAGUCGUGGAGAUCCGAAAGAUCGGAAGGAUUCCUGUUCGAGAUGGAGCGGCUUUAGUGCCAGAGAACGUUCUGGUGGACACGCCGGUAGCUCUGGUUCAGGUGUCAGACCGAGACCAGGGAGAGAACGGGGCUGUGACUUGCACAGUUGUAGGAGACGUCCCAUUCACACUGAAGCCAGCUGGUGAAACUGCACUCCCACCCCUGCCUGCUGACGAAGCCUUUGAUAGGAACAAGAAAAAAUUCUUCUUGCAUACUUCUGCCUUGCUGGACUAUGAGGCCACAAAAGAAUACAGUGUAACAAUUGUGGCAGUAGACUCUGGCAGCCCCAGUCUGUCCAGUAACAGCUCACUGAUGGUGCGAGUGGUAGACAUCAAUGACCAUGCCCCAACCUUUGCCCAGAGUGUUGUGGAGGUCCACUUCGCUGAGAACAACUCACCUGGCGAAAGGGUGGUCACUGUUGUAGCUACGGAUGCAGACAGUGGCAAGAAUGCAGAAAUAGCAUACUCUCUGGACUCUGCUGCAAACGGGCCAUUUUACAUAGACGCAGACAAUGGAGAUAUCCGUGCCACUGGGGUUCUGGACCGUGAGCAGCGAGAGAGAUAUGAACUACGGGUCAUUGCAAAAGACAAGGGCACCCCGUCUUUGCAGGGCUCGGCGACUGUUGUUGUCCAGGUGACUGAUCGCAAUGACAACGCACCAAAGUUUGUUCAGGAAAUCUUUACUUUCUACGUCAAGGAGAACCUGCUCGCCAACAGCCCCGUUGGCAUGGUGACCGUGACGGACGCCGACGAGGGUGAGAAUGCAGAACUUAGUCUGUUUGUGGAGAUGGAUGGAGCUGACGAGAAGAAAACAGGAGAGAAGACAGAGAGAGAAGAUGGCGAAAAAGAGCGAGAAGAGGUUUUCUCCAUUGAGAACAACACUGGAACUAUCUUCUCAUCCGCGUCGUUCGACCGUGAGAAGCUUUCCACCUACACCUUCCGUGUCCGGGCUGUGGACGGAGGGGAACCCCGCAAAACUGCCACCGCCACCGUGUCGCUUUUUGUGACGGAUGAAAAUGACAACGCCCCCUCAAUCACUUCUCCAGCCAACGAGUCCUACACCCUUCUGCCGCCUGCCAGCAGCGCCCGCACCAUCGUCAGGACUGUAACAGCCAUAGACUCAGACACAGGCCCAAAUGCCGACCUUCACUACGCCCUGGUGGGGGGAAAUCCUUUCAGACUGUUUGAGAUCGGCCACACCAAUGGAGUGAUCACCCUGGCAGAGCCUCUGGAGCGGCGCCACAGGGGUCUGCAUCGCCUGGUAGUCCGAGUCAAUGACAGUGGCAUCCCCUCACUCUGUGCCACCGCGCUGGUUCACGUCUUCAUUAAUGAGAGUUUGGCUAAUGCCACACUGGUGGAUGCACAGGUGGCCCGAAGUUUGAUGGCUCCACUGUCACUGGACAUUGCAGGGGAUCCAGACAGUGAACGUGCAUUAGGGAAGCAGCGCCUCAGUGUUGCCAUCGGUGUCCUGGCGGGAGCCGCAGCGGUCAUCCUAGUUAUUCUCCUUGUAGUCACGGCACGGCAGUGUGGCGCUCAGGGCAAGAAUGGCUAUGAGGCCGGUAAGAAGGAGCCAGAGGAAGACUUCUUUAGUCCUUCUGGGGCUCAACCACAGGCCGGCCGUGGCGGAGGAUCAGACCGUGGGCGCAAACCUCGACGGGACAAACGCAACGGAAGUGGCGGCAGUGCAGUUGGAGGUGGAGGAAAGUCAGACAGAUCACUCUACAGCGGUAUUGUUACAGUCAAUGGGCUGCGUCGCCAUGCCAAUGAUGACGAUGAGGAGGAUUUGAGCAGCGCUAGCGAGCGCCUGGCAGCCCGUUACUGCGCUGUGGACGGCGACCCCGGCAGCCCGCGGAUGGGCGGCGGCAGGAGGCACCAAUCAAGCCCAGAUCUGGCCAGGCACUACAAAUCCAGCUCACCUCUCCCUGCAGUGAACCUACAGCCACACUCCCCCCCAGCAGAAGGUAAGAAGCACCAGGCGGUCCAGGAGCUGCCUCCCUCCAACACCUUUGUGGGCAGCGGCGGGUGUGUGGGGAGUGCCGGGUCCAGCAGCAGCAGCAGCGGAGGCAGUGGCAAUGCAGAUGCCAUGUCCCUGGGAUCUGACCAGUGCUCAGAGUAUGGCUGCCAGACUGGGAACAAGUACAGCAAACAGGGGACCCUUCGCCGAGUGACCUUCUCUGUGGUGAGCCAGCCCCAGGAUGGUGGUUGCUAUGACAGCGGCCUGGAGGACUCGGAGACGCCGAGCAGCAAGAGUUCAUCAGGGCCACGGCUGGGAGCCCUGCCGCUUCCCGAGGAAGGCUACGAGCGAACCACACCAGAGGGCAGCGUCGGGGAAGAGGAGCAUGUGGAGAACGAUGCCAGACAGCUGCCAGACGUAGCCUUGACAGGGAAGUGUACCAGAGAGUGUGAUGAGUUCGGCCACUCUGACACUUGUUGGAUGCCUGUCCGCCCUUCGCCUCGGCUGCGUCAGCGCCACGGCAGCGACCCCCCACGACUCUCCACCUUCGCCCCGGGAGAUGACAACAACAAUCUCCGUGGUAACGACCACGAGAGUGACAGCGAGAGCGCUGGCAGCGCUGGAAGCUCGGAGCCCGGAGUGGUCGUUGGUGGAGAAGGUCAACGAUUACCGUUAGCCAACGGGGAUCCUCUCGGCACCCUGGGCAGCGGAGAUCGCAACAGGAACAUGGGUGAUCACAACCGCAACCUUCUAAACCGCAAGAUGACUUCAGCGUCCUACGACACAUUUAGCAGCGCAGGCUUCGGGAGGCGCCAGCCAGAGGAGGAAGGAGGAGAAGGCCAGAACCCACCCGAGGUCAUACCGUUGACGAGGACAGGAGGGGACUACAAGACCACAUCCUGCCUCACGUUGUCACGCCGUGAGGUCUACCUGUGACAGGCCUGUAACGAAGCAACACCCUCACCAUGCUACUCCCUGUUUUGACAAAGAGGGAGGCUUAAAACUUUACUGGCAAGUGAUCAUUUUAGAGGGCCUUUUAACCUGUGAAGAUGUGAAAAUGUCAGAAAAGAUGUUUUCCAAAAGCCAUUAUCAAAUUGGAACUUUUGGAUUCUGACUAAUAUUUAUAGGCACUUAAACUCAAGCAAGCGAUGGAUCAACUCCUUGGAGAGCUCUGACCAGGAGUACUUUCUAAAACAAAUUUUUUAACUACUACUGAAAAGUUACCUACGGGCAAAGAUCCUACUAUAUCGGUCUGGAGAGGGACGACUUCAUCUUCUCUUCUUUUUACCUGAGUUCAGUGCAUGCCUGACCCUUUGCCACAGAGGGAUUUAUGUGAAGAAGAGAGAGAUCGAAUCAGUGUGAAAUCCUGAUGCUAUAAAUGCCUGAGUGCAUAUAAAACUGAGGCUACAGCAGGCCAGAAUGGACUCAGCUGGUGAACCAUCUGCUGAAAACACUGCUGAGGUUUCAUCUAAUCAAAAUAGAUAAAAAAGAAGUAACGGGUCUUUGAUUGAGUUAUUUGGAUCUAAUUCAAACCAAUCAAACUUUUCUAAUGCCUAAUCAAGUCUAUCGUAACACAAGAGGGGGAUUAUUAACCAGUCAAACUGCUAAUCCCGGGAGAGUCUUGGGACACGAACAGAGUAUAAAGUACAUGCAAGUGUGGUCGCUGUACAGUUCAACAACAGACUAAAGGUCCUGAUCUCAGAAAUCAGGUGUUGUUCUUUAAAAACACAAGCGAUUCAGAACAAACAGCAACAAUGUGAAAACAAAGACUUCUUUUUUUUCUUUUUCUUUUUUUUUUUACAUCGAUCAUAUGUAACUACUCAAAAUAUGAGGAUCUCAUAGAGUGUCAGUAGUGCCACAGUAUUCUGGCGUGUGUGACAAUAUGUUUAUUAUUUCUGCCUUUACACCCAGUCUGUAUGUAUAUAUUGUAUGUGUGUAUUUGAUAAAAAAAAAAAAAAAAAAACAAAAACAGCAGCGUUACUCUCUCCAGGCUGCUGUCCACCGUUUCAUGGUAGACUGAGGUGCUGAGUUCAUUACACAUCCGCAGUAUCCUAACAGUGUUCAUGUAUGAUAAAUGUUCUCUCGCACACAUGCACACACACACACGCAUGCAAGCGCUGACACACGCACACACACACACACACACACACACAAACCUUCGCAUGUAAACACAUACGGUGCAUUUACAGGAACAUGCAUAGGGCCACAGUUUGUGACAUGAUUCAGUGGCUGUGUAACAUAAAGUAUAUAAUAACUUGCAUUAACUGUCAUACAGAAACAUGGAGCUGACAUAAACACACACACGUGAAGCGCAUUAGAAACAAAAGUGAACACACAAACAUGACACACGGUUCAUAUGCACUAUGUGUGUAUGUGCUUUUUAAAUCAUCAUUUUUUUAACAUAUUGCCUCAUUGAACUAGCUGUAGCAUUUUGCCUGCUCCCCUCCAGCCAGUAUUUAAACAUGAUAUGUAUUUAAAUAAUUACUCAUCUCUCGGACUGAUGUGUGAGGCUACAUUAAAGGGAAUCUCAAUAACAUCUACUGUAAGUAACGAUAGAAAAUGUGGGAAUAGGAGAUAUUCUGCAUACUGUAAGUAGGACUCAUAGAAAAACCAAAUUUCUGUAAGAAAAAGAAGAGAAAAAAAAAGGAAAAAGAGACUCUGCAUGAAAGAAAGAUAAUGCUAACUUUUUUCUCUCUUUUUUUAAACCACAUUCUUUUUUGAGUACCACGCCUAUUUGGAUACGUCUGUAAUGAAUGUGUGCGCUUUGGGGGAAAUGGAGAUAAUGAUGGCAGCGAGGGAGUUAGCUGCAGUCUGCUCCUUCUUUAUCGUGAAGCGAGUUUGGGGUAACCUUGGGCACCUUUUGCUCAGUUUCCACGGCCUGAAGUUGGCGCGAAGGCUGCCGGAGGCUAUAACAAAGAGAAAAAAAAGAACAAAAUGUAGUGGAAGCGCAGAGCUUUGCAGCGACCCGUUUCACCGCACAGUGCUGACCUGAACACGCCCAUGCUGCUGUGCUGAACUGCGCAGAUAACAGACUCCUUCAACGUUCGUCCUUCCCAUCAGCUACCGCACGACUUCCGACACACUCCGCUGCGUCGGGGUUGAGGAGUGGGUGUGGAUCGAGGCCAACACAUCUUAAUUCCCAUCAUCAGUGUGUGGCUCAGUGGCGUGAUAGGGAUAAUAGGGUUAGGUCGUCCCUGUGGUCUUAAUGAGUUUCCUUUCUCCUCUCUUCUCCUCCCUUGAUCUGCGCUGAUCUCAUUAAUGUCUGGAUAGGCGAAUGUAACACGGCUAGAAAUUGCCAGUGAGUGUGUCUCUUAAUUUUUUUUCCUGAUUGUUUCGGAUGAGAUGAGGGGACAAAAAAAAAAAAAAACAACAAAAAAAAAACAACUCAGGUGUGCAACAGUGUUUAACCUCCUCACACUGCUGCUGCUUGACUGAAAAAUAACUCAACAUCUGGAAAUAAUCGUAAGUGUCAUGACACCUCCUUAUACUUUGCAGUGAUAAUUAGGAUGAGAAAUACUCUAUGCGUGUGAUUACAAUUUGUAUACCUGUAUAUACUUUACAACUCUGUGAACAACAUCCUCCACCUUUGAACCUACUGAUGUAUUUACUCCCUCAGCCUUCAUUACCCCUAAACCACCCCCAACAUGGCUGUUUACUGAGCUCUGUCAUCGACGGACUGUGCCGAGGACGUGGCAGAAUUUCUCUGUUUGUGGGGUAUAUGUGGUUGGUGGAAACAAUCACGAUAUCCUGCAUGUACUGAGAGACAAAAGGACACAUGCUCAUUCUCUGGGAGAAGGAGUUGAGAGAAAUGCGUCUCGGUACCUCGGAUAUCUGAAAGUGAGUUUGGGAAAGAGACUCUUAACGCAGCCCUGCCUCUUCAAAGUGGCAGAUAUUUCUUCAAAACUGCUGUUUUAUGGCAGUUCCACGAUGGCACCUUUCAAAACCCUCAAAUCUGGAUUUAAGGGAACUUGCUCUACAUGAUUCUGUGUGGGUGUGUCCUUUUUUUAUACUGCACGUUUAAACAUGAAUACGUUUGAGUCUACUGCGAAACACAAGAGGGGAGACAGACAGAGAAGAGCAUUGUGUCUGAGAUCUAUCAUCCACUAAUUGAGACAUUUUUAAAAAAAACAAAAAAACAAGACACUUCAGUGGACAUCAUGUACCUGUCAUCCCCCUUCGUGCUGUUACCCUAGCCAUGUACAGAUAAAACUACACUGUAGAAACAGUCAACUGAAAAACCAUAACAGACAAUGGCAUGCUUAAGGUUCAAAUCUGCACUUGAGAAAAAAACAUAAGGAAAAAAAAAAAGCAAUUAUUUUUUAUUUUCCUCUUCUUUGUUUUCUUUUCUUAAGGGACUGGCUCUGUUUUUUUGCUGCUCCCUUCCUGUAAUUACUUAAUGAACUAAUUGCAUUUGCUAUGAUGAGGAAGAAGAGGAGCUGUCAACAAAUGGUUUGGUAUGAAGAUGAAUCAUGUAAAAGUUUGACUUUGACAUUAAAAACUUCAAACACU